AUGGCUCUUGACAUUAGAACCCAGGCCCUGAAGAAGCCCGUUGACGUGGCAGAGUACCUCUUCACGCGUCUCCGCCAAGUUGGCAUUGAAUCAAUCCACGGCUUGCCUGGCGACUACAACCUCGCCGCACUCGACUACAUCCCCAAGGCCGGCCUGCGCUGGGUAGGCAAUUGCAACGAGCUCAAUGCUGGCUACGCCGCAGAUGGAUAUGCUCGCGUCAAGGGAAUUUCCGCCAUUGUAACCACCUUCGGCGUCGGCGAGCUCUCAUGCGUCAAUGCUAUGGCCGGCGCCUACUCCGAAUACGUCCCAAUCGUCCACAUUGUCGGAUAUCCCUCGACCGCCGCUCAGAAAGAUGGCAUCCUGCUGCACCACACGCUCGGAAACGGCGACUACAACGUGUUUUCGAACAUCUCCAAGGGCAUUUCCUGCGCAACAUCCCUGCUUAACGACCCAUUCGAAGCCGCUACCCUCAUCGAUCAUGCCAUCCAGGAAUGCUGGGUCAAAUCGCGGCCAGUCUACAUCUCGCUGCCGUCAGAUAUGGUACAAAAGAAGGUUGAAGGAGCGAGACUGGACACACCCCUGCAUCUGGAAUUUGCUGCAAAUGAGACAGAAAAGGAAGACUACGUGGUCGACGUAGUUCUGAAGUAUCUUCAAGCAGCAAAGAACCCCAUAAUACUCGUCGAUGCAUGCGCAAUCCGCCACAGGGCUCUGAAAGAAACCCACGACUUGAUAGUCACCUCCGGCCUCCCCACCUUCGUCGCCCCCAUGGGCAAAGGCGCCGUCGAUGAAAGCCUCCCCAACUAUGGCGGCGUGUACGCAGGAGACGGCUCCAACACCGGUGUCCGCGAGCGUGUAGAAUCCUCCGACCUCGUCCUCAGCAUCGGCGCCAUCAAAUCCGACUUCAACACCGCCGGCUUCACUUACCACAUCAGCCAGCUCAAUACCAUCGACUUCCACUCUAGCUACACCCGCGUGCGCUACUCCGAAUACCCCGGCGUGCGGAUGAACGGCGUCCUAGCAAAGGUUACGGCAAAACUAGGCAAGCUCUCCAUCGAGAAAGGCCCAACACCGACGAAUGAGAUUCCCGAGGAGGAGAUCUUGUCUGGCGAGCCAACAAUCACGCAGGCGUGGUUCUGGCCCAGACUGGGACAGUGGUUGAAACCGAAGGAUAUCGUUAUCACAGAGACCGGCACGGCCAACUUCGGCAUCUGGGAGACGCGUUUCCCAGAGGGUGUCAACGCCAUCUCACAAGUUCUCUGGGGCUCGAUCGGCUACGCGACGGGCUCGUGCCAGGGCGCCGCGCUCGCUGCGAAGGAACUCGGUAUCGAGCGGACCAUUCUCUUCACGGGUGACGGUAGUUUCCAGCUCACGGCGCAGGAAGUGUCGACGAUGCUCCGGAAUAACCUCAACCCAAUCAUUUUCGUCAUUUGCAAUGGUGGAUACACUAUCGAGCGAUACAUUCACGGCUGGACGGACGCCUACAACGAUGUGCAGGAGUGGGACUACAAGUCGCUGCCCAAGGCGUUCGGCGCGAAGCCAGGACAGGCGCAGACGUACCGGGUGGAGACGAAGCAGGAAGUUGAGAUGCUGUUCCUGGACAAGAACUUUGUGGAGAGCAAGGCGCUGAGAUUCGUAGAGUUGGUGAUGUCGUGGGACGAUGCGCCGAAGGCGUUGAAGCUGACGGCCGAGGCGGCGGCGAAGCGGAAUGCGGAGUAA